UGUUAUAUUGUGUGAGAGAGACCACUGCCCUCUGACACGUGUACACCUGCCUGUGUGACCGUUUACACAUACCUGUACCCAAACAACAGUAGAUAUAUGCGCACACGUAGAUAUAAGCAUACAUCUGUAGCGGAACACCUGUACUGGAACAAUUGUGAAUAUAUAGACCUACCAGUGUUGGAACAUUUGUGUAUAUAUGCACACACCUGCAAACUAACACCUCUGUAUAAACUAGCCCACAUAUGUAUGUUUAGAGAAUCGCCUGCAUGAAGUAUAACUCUUUACUGACAUACACCUGCUAGGCCGUGUAUGUCUGUGUGUGUAUGUGUGUAUAUGGAGUCACUCAUUUUUAUGUGUACCCAUAUAUAUCCACACUUGUACAAUACAUCUGUACUUCCACACUUAUAAGACACAUCAGUUCGACCACUCCUGCACGUGUACCUGUGCAUCUGGACAAACUCACCUGUAGUUGCAGCAAAUACUCUUUCACAGGAGAAGUCUGAUGACACUUCAACACUCGGACAUCAUUAAGGAAAACAGCUUUGAUGACCACCACCGUUUAGAACCUUGAGACGUCAAACUACAAGAUAACAUAUUGCCUCGUUCCAAGUUGCUGAGUUACGAUGGUAGGAUCAAGCAUGACAGGCCUAUUGCUGUUGGCUUCUCUUCUGUGUGAGGCUCAACCUAACCUGAACAAGCAGCCUAUAUCUGCUUGCUGGGAUGCUGUUCAAGAGGAAGAACCGCAACCAGCUCCAGCGUCUGAGGAUUUUGUCAGGAUGGCUCGAUUUGUUGUUGAAUUUGCAAAGCUGAUCAAGAUUAACGAAGUGUACUUUUGCUUGAUGGGGGAAACAGGUUUGCCAAACGGGGUAAUAAAGCGAAUAUUUGCAUCAAUACUGAGCCAACAUAUGAUGUUUUUCAUGCCGUGUGAUCUUUCUCGUAUGAUGGGGAGCAUUAACGCCCUGGAUGCCGGUGCUACUCCUGAAGAUUCUGUACCACAGUUCCUCUUCCAUCCCGCUGUCCUUCAUCUCACGACUCGCAAAUCUUUGGCUACUACACUCAUCACAUUGUGGAAACAAAAUCUCAGUGACCACUUUGGUGCUCUCCAUAUCAUUAUGGGUGUUGACCUCCCCCCAUGCCAGGUCCAGCUGGAGGUCACAGCUCGAUGGUUCCAGUCUUCAUACAAUUUGAACACCAAAGAAGUGAUGACAGAUGAAGUAUUUCUGUUUAAUGAUGGAAGAGAGAGCUUACAUGUUCCAGUGACAAAAUGGCAUCCUCAUAGCACGAAGACCCAUAGCAUCACUAUCCUUCAUGAGCCAGACGUUGGUCCUGAAGACUUUCAAGGACAUGCAAUUCAAGUUAUUGCCAUGGACUACAGUCCACAGAUAACGAAAUCUAAGCCGUGCAAGAUGGUGUUAUCACCUAAAGAUGACCUUCAUGAAAACGUUUGCCACAAAAAUCGCAUAGAGGGUGUCAUGCUGGGAAGGUCGAAUAAAGAGACUGCGUAUUAUGAAGGAUACCUCGUGGACGUCAUCUAUACCAUGUCCACCGCUCUCAAUUUUAGAGUGAAUCUGAGUGUCCUGCCCCCAGAGAGCGCUGAAUUUGGUAUAGAUAACGGUGAUGGCAACUACUCAGGUUUAGUAGGUGCUCUUCAAAGUCGGAAGACGGACAUCGCCCUUGUUGGGCUUUCCAUGACCCGUGAGCGGUACCAGAUCAUGGAUUUCUCGGAGCCUAUUGCUUACACUGGUAUGGGACUGUUCGUUUGGACUAACUCGUCGUUGCAUACAAUUGGUUGGAACACCUUCGUCCUGUCAUUUCACUGGGGGACGUGGUUGGCUAUCAUACUACUUCUUGCUGUCAUGACUGCUGGCUUCUGGUUCAUUGUUCAACAACAAAGAAAUGAAGACCCACAUUUUAACAACGGACACAAUGUUAUUUUCAUAUUCUUCUCGUGUCUCGUCCAGCAAGGGUCAUGGAUCCUACCUACAACCGGAAGAGCCCAAGGUGUUUUGUGGAUGUUUUGGUUUUCAUCGGUGGUCCUGUACGCCUCGUAUACAGCUCGCCUUACUUCCUUCCUGACUGUGUCAUCUAUCAGGUUGCCAUUCUCAUCCCUUGAACAAGCCGUCAACACCCCAGGGUGGAAAAUAGGAAUUCUGAAGGGUACUUCAACAAUCCAGACACUUGAACGAUCUCAAAAGGAUUACUAUAAGAAAUUAUAUAAGGGGCUGAAGCAGAAUCCGAGUCCUCUUUUUAGCAGUGAGAUUGAGGGCAUCAAUCGUGUCCUUACUGAACCAAAGUAUGCAGUGUUCACUGACCAACUUAGCAUGGAGUUUUUACUGAGGGGUAAUUGCUCAAUUAAACAGGUCCCUGGCAGUUACCUGGCUGGCUAUUUACACCUUGGACUCAGAAAGCGACUCCCUUAUGCCACCGUUCUUAAUAAAGAAUUAAUCAAGAUGUCAUCAGGCGGCUUGUUGGAUCGCAUGCAUCAGCACUGGUGGGGUAAAUCCAUACCAUGUGAGGCACCCUCCCCCUAUACAGAGCUUGGAUUUUCAAAUAUCUUGACUGCCUUCAUGUUACUUCUUGCUGGGGCAGUUAUAUCUCUACUGAUUUUGAUGGUUGAGCUAUACUUCAAACGUCGAUCAACCAAGGUUUUAUGGUCUCGCAAAGUAAGACAUGGAACUGAUGCAUCAGUUUCACAACAGCUACGAUACAGAAAAUCUGAUAUCAGACAUUCUUAUGGAAGAACAAUACUGGAUAUUAAAAAAUCAAAACAAAUGACAGAUCUUGACAUAAGUAGACGGUAAAAUUAAAAUGUACUUGAAUGACAUACUGUAGAUGAGUACAGCUUCCUUUGUAUAGUAGCCCAUUGUACUGUAUUUAGUGUAGGUGACUUUACUAUUGACAUUAUGCAAGAGACAUAUAAUUCAUUCUUGUUGUCCCUUUCAGGUUCUCAGCCCCCCUUUUUUUAUCCCUCAAUGAUCUGCUUUGUCUGCUCUUCUUAUAUAUCGCAUGCCCACUUUAUAAGUGUUGAACUAGUUCAAGGAUUUUGAUAACAGCUUAGAAAGGUUGAUGUCCACAAGAUGAUAUACCCCCCCCCCCCUGUAUUGCGAAUUCCCAGGUCCCUCAUAUGAAAGUCCGUGUCACAGUGUUAAAAGUUCAAGAACAGGAAAUCUUUUUGUUCAAAGAACAAACAUUAGUUUUUGUCGAUUUUUCUAAUACAGUAUUAUAUUUCUCCUUUCCCCCCAUAUUUCUUUUUGUCUUGUCUUUGUUCCAUCUCAGUGACUUAACACACAUAAAGGUAUAUGAAAAACAUGAGCACCUCUGUACACGGACAUUAAUGUAAGUGCAUACUUUGCACGAGCUCACACACACACAAUCUGAUAUGCCCCAAACUUAAAAUCGAUACAGUACCUGUAUUUGCUAAGUGGACAAGUGAUUUAGUUUACAGUUAUUUGACAUAGCAAGGAGUUUGUCAUCUUGACAAAAUUUUAAAGUGUUGGGCAUAUUAUAAAACAUAGCUUUUUUGACAAAUGAAUAAUCUCAACAUUCCUUAGUAGGAUAUUGGGUAUAAACAAAGACGUCUCUUACCUAAAGUCAUAAUUAUGUCAAUUCUAUAAGGGCAGAGUGGGAAUGGUUCCACUAAAGUAAAGAUGGACAAUACUUUUUUUUAUAUAGCUGUUCAUUUCUUAUAUUAUGUUUAAAAUGAAAGCAAAAAGCCAUAUUAUCAUAGGUAAUAUUUAAGCUUAAACUUGACGUUCAAUGUUCUUAACUACAUUUUACUUAACUAAACGACUGUACAUUUAAUAAACGAGUAGUUAGGAAUCUAAUAUAUUUUCACUACAGUACUAAAUUGUAAGAUUGUAACUCAGAAAGUUCCAUAAAAACACUUAGAAAAACUGGUAAUAAAUAUAACUUAAAAACACGAAAAAUAGUCUUUAAUUUUUUUGACACUGAAAAUUGUGUACGAUUGAAAUACUAUAAGAAAACGAAAU